CUUCCGAUCUCUCUCGAGUAGACAAUAUGAAGCUUAUCGUUCUUGCCUGCCUUGCCGCCGUGGCUGUUGCCACUCCUCAGUUCGAGGAUCGAGUGGUCGCCCUCCUUCGCGAUGACCGCAUAGCCAACGAAGACGGCACCUUCUCGUACGCCGUGGAAGCCGACAACGGCAUCAACACAGCCGUUGAAGGAGUCGUUGGAUCAGCUGGUCAGAUCAACCAGGCGGGAUCUUACACCGUCCCUGGAGAUUCUGUUCUCCGAGUAGUGACCAUUAGGCAUAGAUGCAGAUGCUACCACUGGUCUUCCGAUCUCUCUCGAGUAGACAAUAUGAAGCUUCUCGUUCUUGCCUGCCUUGCCGCCGUGGCUGUUGCCACUCCUCAGUUCGAGGAUCGAGUGGUCGCCCUCCUUCGCGAUGACCGCAUAGCCAACGAAGACGGCACCUUCUCGUACGCCGUGGAAGCCGACAACGGCAUCAACACAGCCGUUGAAGGAGUCGUUGGAUCAGCUGGUCAGAUCAACCAGGCGGGAUCUUACACGUAAGGAUAUGCGAUGAAAUUAUUUGCAGUUAUCCAGGAUAAGUAUUGGAUAAAUGUGUCAAGUGAGGAAAACAUUUGCGAACAGAAAAC